AUGGGCUCUUCCGACUCCUCGUCCCCGUCCCGAGCCGCACCACGCGCCCCUCAAGCCGAACCCCACGACCUAAACUGCCUGACGAUCACUGAGCUCGAAAAGCUCGCCUACGAACGCAUGGACAAGCAGACACGGGACUAUUACAACGAGGGCGCCGACGGCGGCACGACCCUCGCGGAGAACAUCUCAGCCUACUCGAAGUACCGCAUCCGACCACGGGUCCUGCGAAACAUAGCCCGAAUCGACACCACGGUCAAGAUACUCGGACACACAAACAGCGCGCCGUUCGGCGUGGCCCCUACGGCCAUGCAACGCCUGGCCCACAGUGAUGGCGAAAUUGCGACCGCUCGAGCCUGCCGCGCACGUGGGAUCGUGAUGGGCUUGUCCUCGUUCGCGACGUCCACGCUCGAGGACGUCGCCGAGGCAAGCGGCCCCAACCCCAACGUCCUGCAACUCUACCUGUUCGAAGAGCGCGAGCACAGCCUCAAACUCAUCGCCCGGGCCAAACAAGCGGGCUACAAGGCCGUCCUCCUGACUGUCGACACCCCGAUGCUCGGCCGCCGCAACCUCGAGAUCCGCAACCAGUUCAAACUGCCCGCGCACCUCAGCAUUGCCAACUUCGCCGAGCAGGACGACGACACCGACACCGCUGUCGGCAAAGACCACUCCCGGCCCACCACCGCCACGGACGAGAAGAAGACGGCGUCGAAACAACGGCCCAAGAUGCCACGCCAGCGCCGGCCCUCCACGGCGGGCUACCACGACGGCAAGAAACGCGUGCCCCCGACGGGACCGAUCACGUUCCACACGCACGCCGCGAACCCGACGCUAAGCUGGGAGGACACGAUCCCGUGGCUAAAGGACGUGUGCGGCUCGGACAUGCAAGUCUGGGUCAAGGGCAUCGCCACGGCAGAGGACGCCCUGCUCGCCGUCGAACACAAGGUCGACGGAAUCAUCGUCUCCAACCACGGCGGCCGCCAACUCAACGGCGCGCUCGCCACUCUCGACGCUCUACCCGAAGUAGCCGCGGCGGUGGAGAAGCGCGUGCCCGUCCACGUGGACGGCGGGAUCCGACACGGCACGGACAUAUUCAAGGCUCUGGCAUUGGGUGCGGAUUUCUGCUGGGUUGGGAGGCCUAUCCUGUGGGGGCUGGCGUAUAAAGGCCAAGAGGGCGUCGAGUUGUGUCUGAGGUUGCUGAGUGACGAGUUUCGCCUGUGUAUGGGCCUUGCGGGAGUUACACAGGUCGGCGAGAUCGAUCGGAGUUAUCUGUGCAAGGUCGAUCGCGACGGGUUUGCCAGUCGGUUGUAA